UCCCGCAGCGCAGGCGCUUCGCCGCCAGCCGGCUGCGGGCCGGGCGAGGGCUGGGAGCCCGCGGGACGGGAGCGGGGGAGCCGGCGAGGGACGCAGGAUGUCGGCCACGCUGUACCUGCUCUCCACGCUGGGCGGAUACGUCCUCACCUCGGCGCUUCUCCUCAAGUGCCCGGGGCUGCUGCACCGGCCCAAGCGGCAGCGCUUCCGCUGCCGCCACAUCUCCCACCGCGGCGGUGCUGGAGAGAACCUGGAAAACACGAUGGCAGCCUUUCACCAUGCAGUUAAUAUAGGAACAGACAUGUUGGAGUUGGAUUGUCACCUGACCAAAGAUGAGCAAGUGGUUGUGUCCCAUGAUGAGAACCUGAAGAGAUCAACAGGAGUUGAUGUCAACAUAUCUGACCUCAAGUACUCUGAACUUCCACCAUAUCUCUGCAAGUUGGAUGUUACAUUUCAGAAAGAAUGUCACUGUGAGGGAAAAGAUAACCGAAUCCCGCUCCUGAAAGAGGUGUUUGAGGCAUUUCCACAGACUCCUGUCAACAUUGACAUCAAAAUGAACAACAAUGUGUUGAUCAAAAAGGUUUCAGAGCUGGUGAGUCAGUACAAGCGAGAGCACUUGACGGUGUGGGGGAACGUCAGUUACGAGGUUGUAUCAAAGUGUCUUAAGGAGAAUGCUGACAUUCCCAUCAUCUUCUGCGUGCAGCGUGUCCUCCUGCUUCUUGGCCUGUUCUACACUGGUCUGCUGCCAUUCAUUCCUUUCAAGGAAGAGUUCUUGGAAAUUCCCAUGCCUUCAAUCAUCCUCAAGCUGAAAGAACCAGAGAAGAUGACAAGAAGCCAGAAAUUCAUUAUCUGGCUAGCUGACACGCUGCUCAUGAGGAAAGCACUUUUCGACCACCUCACUGCUCGGGGCAUCCAGGUGUAUAUUUGGGUGCUGAAUGAAGAACAAGAAUACAAGAGGGCAUUUGAUCUGGGAGCAACUGGAGUCAUGACAGACUAUCCAACAAAACUUAAGGAGUUUUUACACAAUUACCCAGCAUAAAGGAAGAAGAGCAAGGAAGAUCUUGCAGAAUAGAUUGUGAGCCAAGGAUUUUCUUCAUUUAAAAAAAAUGGGCAGUAUACACAGAUCACUUGGAAAGAUGUAAUUGGAUGAUCUAUUACCUUGUUGUCAAGUUGAUGCCUAAUGUGAAGGUUGACUAUUUAUUUUAAAGCUCUCAUUUUAUAGUUUCUAUUUGUAAAUAGCUCACUUAGCAGUGGUACACUUCACAUAGUGCUGACUAGGAAGAGAGUUGCUGGAUAGGAUACCUGUAGAUAAUUAGUGUUAUUUUACCUGUCACAAGUGUUCCUAAGCAGAUGUCAAGACAUGUCAGUUAUUCCAGUUAUAUUCUAGUGGGCAGAAAACUACAGAGUUUCUGAAAGUGUAGCCUGUGUGUAUGCAUAUCCUGUACUGCUUUUAGUUUAGGUAACUUGUAGGGCAAAAAAACAAUGCACAUAAGAAAUAGAAGCAGAAUCUGUGGCUGGCCAGAUAGUUUAUCUGGGAAAGUGUAGUCAGUAAAGGUGGUCACUUUUCUACCAAAAUUAACUCACUUGGUCAGUAUAGGUUUACUCUUAACAAGAGUAAAUAGAUUAUUCUUAACAAGGAUGUUGAGCUUGAGUUGCAGCUCUGUUUAGACCCUUUCCAGUGUGAUGAUAAUGCUGUGACUUACUGGUCAAAGUCUACAUCCAAUAUUUCAGCCUGGUUCUGGAUUUGACAAUGAAUUCCAAUGCAAGGGUCUAGGUUUGCCCCUGGUUCUGACCUGCCCAUCAGGCAGCCUACAGGUGAGCUUUACAGAAAGGAAAGUUGCACUUAUUAUAGAUUACACUUACUUGCAAAUAGCUUUUUCACAAAGGAAGCCAGUGUUUUAGAAGUUAUUUGCACAUACAUAGUUGUAACAUCUAUUGUCUUGGUGAAUGGUAAGUUGCUCUAGGGUGAGGGACCAGAGAGGAUGUGAGUUUGGUCAGGAGUUUCAGGAACAAGUCACAACGUUCUUGUGAAAUGAAUUCACCCAAAGCAGAUUUAUGUGCAUACUUAUAGAAGGAGCAAGUGUUGAUCUAAGAUGUGUGUAAAUUUUCAUCUUUUCUCUCCACAGCAGCACACUCAAUAUUCAUUAAGCUUACAUGCAUGGACAUGGAAGUAACUUUACUGGCAAAAGCCAGGAAACACCAAGUGUUUAGGUAGGGGUUAGAUAGGAAGGUAUUUCUGGAAGCUUACAUGCUGUUCUCUCACUGUGAACAGGUGUUAGACGUGUGUCAAACAGAUUUGAGCCUACAAUGCCUGUGUGCUUUGGUGUUGUCAUGUUAGCAGUAGGGGUUUUCAGCAGGAGUUUGAUCACUGCAGCUGAAAUGUACACAGUGACAUGUAUAAAGCUCUGUCAGCUAAUCAGCAGAUACUGCUGGCACAAAGCUGUUAUUUAGUGAUAGUGUCUACUUCUUUAAUGACCUUCCUGUGAAAAUCAUGUAUCUUAAAUAUAGUAGCCAGAUGCAAGAGUGUAUUUACUGCAAGGAAUACUCACUUUUACAAAAACUUUUGAAGUAAUUGUUUUCCCUUGCUAGCUCAGGUUUGGAAGGGCUCUUGUGUCACUUCACUGGCUGCUGUGUCAUACUUGGUGGAGCAUCUUUGCUGUUUCAAGAUAUCUGUCAGUAACCUGUUGGUGAUAGAAUGUCAACUCCUAUUUGGAUGGGUAAUACUUGUUUUGUAGCUCCUUCUGAGGAAUAUUUCUACAUGGAUGAAGUGGAAGAAAUUAUUACAUUUACAGUUUAAGUGACCCAAAGAAGCAAGGCUCUGCUUCAUACCCUGCCCUUCAGCAUCGACACCCACAAGCAAGGUCUGCAAGGGGAAACUUCACCAACAGCUUGAUCAACAGGCAGUGGACACUGCAAAAAGAAAUGACCUCUGGCCUCCACAGUUCAAGAGAGACAGAGAACUCUGGAGAGUGCCCAGUGGAGGGCUACAAAGAUGAUGAGGGGACUGGAACAUCUUGUUCAUGAGGAACGGCUGUGGGACCUGAGGUUGUUAAGCCUGGAGAAGACUGAGGAGGGAUCUUACCAAUGCUGAUAAAUACCUAAAGGGCAGACAUCAAGAGACUGGAACCGGUCUUUUUUUUUUUGUAGUGUCCAUUGACAGGACAAGGGGUAAUGGACAUGAGCUGGAACACAGAAAGUUCCACUGGAACAUGAGGAAAAUACUCCUUUGGUGCUGAGGUGAGGGAGCCCUGGCCCAGGCUGCCCAGGGAGGGUGUGGAGGCUCCUUCCCAGGAGGCUUCCAAACCCCCCUGGACACGUUCCUGUGCCCCCUGAUUGAGGGGAACCUGCUGUAGCAGGGGGUUGGGCUGGAUGAGCUCUGCAGAGCCCUUCUAACCCUCACCAUUCUGGGAUUCUGGAUUCUAUGUGAUGAUGGUGGCAAAUGAGUUAAUGAUGUCUUUAUAAAUAUCCUGGUUAAGAUGGCUAUAGAUGCAGUUUCCUCUUAAUUUCAUCAGGUGUAUUGCACCAUGAAUGGAGGAGAGGGAAAUGUAUCUUCCUAACUGUUCAGAGCAAAAAGAAUGAAGUUAUUUAUUAUGUGCUAACCUUGUUUCUCUUUCAGACCAGUUAUGUCUGGUCAGAUAACUGCUAAUAAUUAGUCCAGUCAUAGUUCUGUCUGCUUUCUAGUGGUCGCAGAAUAGUUCUAGAACGUGCUCCAUAUGCAGCUCAGUAGACAAAUGAAAACCUCCCUCCCUUUUUAUCAUUGGAUAGCCAGUAUGUAGCUUGAGAGACAGGUGAUGACUUGCUUUCUCUCUCAGGUUUCCCUCAUUACUGCAUAAUUAAGCUGUUUUGCUUUAUUCUGCAUUGAAUGACAAAACACAGUCAUUGAAAUGACCAACUUUAAUUUCAUCUUAAUCUUUCUUCUUGUCUUUCUCUCUAGCAGUGCUGUUGGCAACUUCUGCCUUCAAAGAUGCUCAACAGCUUUUUUUUUCAACCACUAGUCUUCCUACACCUGAUGUAGCUUUUGACAGUGCUGUUUGUUUAUACAUGACCUCUCUUUGAUAAGCUGACUACUUAAUAUGUGAAAUUGGAAUGAGUCAAGUCACAUGGGAGGGAAGGGCUUGAGUGCCAGAAAAGCUGAUCAAUUUAUUCAGUCUCUCGUUUGGGCUUUAGUACAAGAACUUGAUCUCUUGAGACAGAUGAUGUUGCAUGGAUGAGGCAAUGAAUGCACGGGGCUUAGGCCAUGAUAACUGUUUGUAACAAAAUAACACAGACUUGGGGUAACUGUAGAACGUUUGUUCUAUCAAGUCAUUGUUUUGAAUAUUGCAGAGCUUGCUGGGUGAUUAUUUUUUCUGUUUUGUUUUUAACUACUUGUACAGAGAAGCAUUUGUUGAAGUUGCACAGCUGUCCAGGCGGAUGUUCAGUUAAUCUCUCUCGCCAAGGAGAGAUCCUCUUCAGGUACUUUGAACUCUAAAUAUUGUUUUAACACUUACUGUGUUCUCAAAAACGCAGAAUAUGUUCUGUAUGAAAGGUGAUGCAUGUAUUUCAUGCACUUCUGCUUUGCAGAAAGUCUUGUGGACCUCUCUAGCUCCAACUCCAUCAAGUGGUGUAUCUUUUCUUGUAAAGAAAGACUGAUGCUUUUAAAAUGUGACACAUUAAAACAUCUUUGCUCAUAAAAGAU